CCCGUUAUUCGCCGGAUACAUACCCUUGUCCGUGCAGAAUCAAAUCCUUAGCCCCUACGGAGGAGAGGAGGGUUUUACUGUUACAUUUUCCUCAUUCCCACUCUCACUCUCACUCUCACUCUCAUCCAUGGCUUCCCUUCCCAAUCUCCGCCCCUCUCCGCUCUCAGCCUCCCUCAACCCCCGCCGUUCAUCAUUCCCCACUCCCUUAUCUUCCUCCCUCUCCUUCACUCCCCAAUUCCCCUCCUCCUCCUCCUCGUUCCGGUCACCACCAUCCAUCACCGUCAGAGCCUCCUCCUCCUCCUCAAACGACCCCGCCUUUCACAAACCCCCAAACACCGACACCAACAACUUCUCCUCCCUCCCCCCUCUCCUCCAAACCCUCCUCUCCCCCGUCGUCGAAACCACCUGCAUCGUCAUCGCCGCCACCGCCUUCUUCUUCAUGCGCUUCCACCACAACCCCGUCAUCGCCGCCCCCCUCACCCCUCCCACAACCAUCCAAUCCGAAACCACCACCACCGCCGCCGACGAAGAAGAAGCUGAGCGCGCCAUCGAAGACCGCCUCACCACCAACCCUAACGACACCGAAGCCCUCCGCGCACUCAUGGAGCUCAAGAUCAGAGCUCGCAAGAUCGACGAGGCUAUUUCCGUCAUCGACCGCUUGAUCGAGCUCGAGCCGGAGGAGCACGAGUGGCCACUGCUCAAGGCCAACAUGCACAUCUACAACGACGACCACGAUUCCGCUACGAGAAUCUUCGAGGAUAUCCUCAAGAAGGACCCGUAUCGAGUUGAGGCGUUUCACGGCCUCGUCAUGGCGACUUCGGAGUCCAACGAGCAGUUGAAGGGGCUGCUCAAGAGGGUGGAGGAAGCCACCGAGUCUUGCAGGAAGCAGAAGAGGGAUAACGAUGUGAGGGAUUUCAGGCUCUUGAGUGCGCAGAUCAAAGUGAUGGAGGGGGAUUUCUCUGCGGCAUUGAAGGCCUAUCAGGAGCUGGUCAAGGAAGAACCUAGGGAUUUCAGGCCUUACCUGUGUCAGGGUAUCAUAUAUACCCUGUUGAGGAAGAAAGAUGAAGCUGAGAAGCAAUUCGACAAGUUCCGUAGGCUUGUUCCCAAGAAUCAUCCUUAUAAGGAGUAUUUUGAGGAUAACAUGUUUGCUACCAAGUUUUUCUCGCAGAAUUUGGAGAGGGAAGGAGCACGUGCUAGGAGCUGAUGAGGGUUUGUGAUGAUUCUGGAGGCUUCUGCAAUGAGGUGAUGAACGCUGCUAUGGAUCUGUUUACAAGCAUUACCUGGUCUGGCUAAUUCAUCUGCUUCCUUGAAGGAAGUCUGAUAUUAGCCAGACAUAAAUAUUUUCUGAAGGUUCUCAGCUUCCAUGGUGAAUUUGCUGGUUUGUAACUGCAUUUAUAUUUCUAGUGAAAGCAGAUAUACAGAUAUGCCGGAUUUUUCAAAAUUUUAUGAUUACUACUUGAGUGAAUUUAGGUUGAAUUGAUUGGGCAGCUCCUUGUCCCUGCACUGAAAAAAGAAGACAAAAACAAAAAUGAAUAAUUAUAUGUUAAAAGAGUGUACUGAUAGUUUCACAACUACUAUGGAAGUAUGAAUUAAUUACAACUUCUGCAGAACUUAUGGCUUUAAA